UUGGAGAAUACUUCUCUAAAACCUAGAAAACUAGAGUUAUCUGUUCAUGGCGUAGUACUAACUUGGCGAACUCACAUCGGGAAAAGUAGUUCUACAAAAUAUUACCGACAACUCUCAGGUAUAUUAGCAAUUACUUUGACCAGCAGUUUACAAGUGGUGAAAUUAUUUUAUCAAUGGAAAGACUUGUUACUUCUGGAAUUAAAUUAAAGACGCAGUUCGAAUGUUUUCCGAUUCCAGAAACACAUUAGUCAUAAAAGCUGACAUCAUGGCGGAAGAAACUGCUUGAAACACUCCAAAUCUACCGCAUCUUGUUUUAAAAUUGAAGUUGUCAUUUCCUUGACUUCUAAUAUAUUCUCCCGGAUUAACUUAUAUAUGCUAUUUAUCACAAUAUCUGCAAUGAAAGGCUGACUUUAUAUGUCGGAAAAUUUUACUGAAAUUCAUGUCAGUCGGUGCCCUAAAAGCACAAGAUUAGCUGGAAGCUUGUUAUCACAAGCGAGUUUUUAAAUUUCCCUAUCUCCAUAUGGCAAAUUGGUUAAAUUGAAACUUAAAGAUUACUGUAUUUGUUACAUGUAUCCUACUGUUGGACAGAACUCACGAGAAAGUGGUUGAGUUAUCUUCAAUGAAUGCCUACUUCAACAAAAUAUGUAGUCUCUCUGUGGCGAAGGAUUUGGAGUUCAAAAUCUCGACCUUGGAUUUCAGCUCUUUGUUGAGUUCCCAGUUCCAUUUUACAAUGCAUUUCCAUUGGGUUUUGGCAAGUUCCUGUUUAUAGAGCUGUGAUGGUCUGUUAUAUGGUCCAAAGAUGGCGGAGGAGGUGAUAGUCAUUGCAAAAUAUGAUUAUAAGGCUGAAAAUAGCCAAGAGUUGGACAUUAAGAAGAAUGAGAAGCUACGUCUUCUUGACGACAGUAAAGAAUGGUGGAAAGUACAAAAUAUGCAAAGCAAAUCUGGCUUUGUACCAUCAAAUUAUGUCAAAAAAUCAAAGCCUUCCUUCUUCUCUAGUUUACUCACUAGGAAAAAGAACAAAUGUCCAGCUGCCAGCUACCAGGCUUCAAGAAAUGGAGUUGCGGCACUUGACCAAAAAAGUCCAGGAGGUGCUGAUAUCCAGAUUUGUGAACAUGUACCGGCAAUUGUCAAAUAUGGUUAUCAAGCACAGCGUCCUGAUGAAAUAUCAUUAACAAAAUCUGAGAAGGUGAUAGUCAUGCAAAAAUCUAUUGAUGGAUGGUGGCGUGGCCGAAAAGAUAAUGAAGAAUAUGGGUGGUUUCCAUCCAACUACGUUGAGUUGGAACAACCCUCUGACUUAGCACCUCCUCGUGUGGAUUUUGGUGCAAUGGAAGGGAUAGAAGUUGUUACAGCUUUAUAUACUUUUAAACGUUCAAAUCAAGAAGAACUUAGCUUUGAAAAAGGGGACCGUUUAUUAAUUGUUGAAAAACCUAUUGAGGAUCCUGAUUGGUGGAAAGCACGGAACAAGUUUGACCAUUUAGGUCUUGUACCACGUAAUUAUGUUCAAUCAGUAGAUGAUAUUGAAUAUGAUACUGCAACCAAUGACAGCUCAUGUACUCCACACUCUCAGUCAGCUAGUAGUCUUUCUAAUGCAUCCUCACUCAGUGUGGUCGGCAUGCCUAAUCAUAAACCACAGCAUUUAUCGGGACCUCUAGCUGAUAAAGAGUGGUAUUUUGGGAAAAUAACACGGACCCAGUGUGAAGAAAUGCUUACAAAACACGCUGAAGAUGGGGACUUCCUGAUUCGAGAUAGUGAAUCUACAGUUGGACAUUAUACUGUUGUUUUGAAAGCUCCUGGUCGGAACAAGCAUUUCCGUGUCCAAGUAAACGAUGGAGUAUAUCAGAUUGGACAGCAGACUUUCUCAUCACUUGAUGAUAUGAUAGAGCAUUAUAAGAAACACCCUAUAUAUAAACAAGAUUCUGAAAAAUUAUAUCUUGUGAAAGCAUUUAUGUAUCCAUUAGAUUUCUAAAUCAUUGGCUUCUCAUCGUUUUCUAUCUUCUCUCUCUUCUCUUGCUACAAAGGACACCUCUUGUUGGAAAGAAUUUGAUGGAAAUGAUUUCUGAAUUUUCAUUAGCCUUCACCCUCUUUCAAGCUUUAUUCAUCUAUCUUGAGAAUAUUGCUUCAAAUACUCCCACUGCUGUCAUGUUUACUAUUAUCCUUCUUGUCUACGAUUAACAAAGAGAAAACUAUUUAAAAAAAGAAGAAUCCUGAACAAAAAACCUGUAAAAAAAAACAAAACAAAAAGAGCCUGACAAGUUUUUAUGCAAAAGAAAUCAUUUUAUUAAUUCGUAAUAGUAAAAGUGUAUAAUAGAACAAAAUGUUUUCUUGUUUAUCUCCUGGAAAGUAUCCAUUUCUGCAGUGAUUUACAAGUUGUCUACUGUCACCAAAGCUGCUGUACCAACCUUUCUCUUUUUAUGCGGUGUUCUUUGUAUUUCCUUCUAUCACAUUUCCAUUCACUGCUCCCACCUAUGUUGCAGGGACUUAGGGGAAGGAAUAUGUUUAGUACCUCAUUCUUCAUGGAUGGACUAAUACAAAUAUAUAAGGUUAUCAUGCAGCUAUCACUUCAAGCUAAAAAUUAUAUACUUUAUUUAUUAUUAUUAUUAUUAUUAUUAUUAUUAUUAUUAUUAUUAUUAUUAUUAUAUAUGACAUAACAAUCUGAAAAGAAAUUAUAAGUUGGUUUAUGUAAAUUUAUAUAAUUAGAAAACAAAUAUAAAUAAAGUGCUAAAAUCUGAAUGUUAAGUUAGCAAACAAUUAUGUAAAGAAGAUAAUUCAAAUGAAGCUAAAAUGGUAAUUUUAUAAUUUAAGGUUUAUUAUUUUAGUUAUCAAAUAGUUAUUAUAUAUUUUCCUUCCCCUAUUAAACUGUUUGAAAACUGCAAGUAUACUUAAAACAAUUUUUCUGUUUAUAAGUUUGUAAAAAUACAUUUUUUUUUUCUUUUGUUAUUAUUUUUUAUAUACUUUUCUGAAAACCAAAAUGCAUUUUGGGUGAUAAAAAAGUUUCUUUAAAAACCUAGCUUCUUCUUUUCUUUCUCAAGACACUUGGCUAUCUUUAUAAGAGAUGAUUUUGCAAGAAAUUGUAAAUAAUAUGGAUAUGUAUUUGCUGAGAAUGUUCUUCUGUACAUUGGGCAACGUAUUAUUGAUGUGUAUCAUACUUAACAUCUUCCUACAUUUGAAAUUUACCAUUGACAUCAAUCAAAGCUUUCUAUAAUGAAUUAAUACACCUCAUUUAAAUUCAAAUUAAAAAAAGAAAGAAAAUUGUGUAUCAAA